CGCUGGGCGGCCUCGCUUGCGCUUCCCGGCUCCUCAAGCGCCGGGAGGCUCUAGCCCGCUGCUUCCUCAGCCUGAGGCGGAAGCGGGCGCUGAUCUGAGUCCCGGUGGCCCGCGAGACUUUCGGAACAUGGCAACCUAUGCGGACUGUGUCCUGGAGGGAGAAGAUUUUAGCCUGUGUGAUGCCUGAGAAUCAAGCGAGUGUAACGCUUCUCCAGGUACUUCAUGGUGAUCACCUCUGCCCUCUCUACGCCACUGCUCCAGGCAGCUCCUGAACCAUGGGGGAGAAUGAGGAUGAGAAGCAGACCCAUGUGGGCCAUGUCUUUGAGAACUUUGUCCAGGCAUCCACAUGCAAAGGCACCCUCCAGGCCUUCAACAUGCUCACACGCCUCCUAGACCUAGACCCUCUGGACCACAGAAACUUUUACUCCAAGCUCAAGUCCAGUGUGACCACCUGGAAGGCCAAAGCCUUGUGGUACAAACUGGACAAGCGUGGCUCCCACAAAGAAUACAAGCGAGGGAAAUCAUGUAUGAAUACCAAGUGUCUCAUCGUUGGGGGAGGACCAUGUGGCCUGCGCACUGCCAUUGAACUUGCCUACCUGGGAGCCAAAGUGGUUGUGGUAGAAAAGAGGGACACCUUCUCUCGGAACAAUGUGCUACAUCUCUGGCCUUUUACCAUUCAUGACCUGCGGGGCCUGGGAGCCAAGAAGUUCUAUGGGAAGUUCUGUGCCGGCUCCAUCGACCACAUCAGUAUUCGUCAACUGCAGCUCAUCCUAUUCAAGGUGGCCCUGAUGUUGGGAGUUGAAAUCCAUGUGAAUGUGGAGUUUGUAAAGGUUCUAGAGCCUCCUGAAGAUCAAGAAAAUCAAAAAAUUGGCUGGCGGGCAGAAUUCCUCCCUAUGGACCAUGCCCUUUCUGAAUUUGAAUUUGAUGUCAUCAUUGGUGCAGAUGGCCGCAGGAACACCUUGGAAGGAUUCCGAAGGAAAGAAUUCCGAGGGAAGCUGGCUAUUGCCAUCACCGCCAACUUCAUCAACAGGAACAGCACCGCUGAGGCAAAGGUAGAAGAGAUCAGUGGUGUGGCCUUCAUCUUCAACCAGAAAUUCUUCCAGGACCUAAAAGAAGAAACAGGGAUCGACCUCGAGAACAUUGUUUACUACAAGGACUGCACCCAUUACUUUGUCAUGACAGCCAAGAAGCAGAGCUUGCUCGACAAAGGUGUCAUCAUUAAUGACUACAUUGACACAGAGAUGCUGCUAUGUGCAGAGAACGUGAACCAGGAAAACUUACUUUCCUAUGCCCGGGAAGCUGCAGACUUUGCUACCAAUUAUCAGUUGCCAUCCUUAGACUUUGCCAUGAAUCACUAUGGGCAGCCUGAUGUGGCCAUGUUUGACUUCACUUCCAUGUAUGCUUCAGAGAAUGCAGCACUGGUGCGGGAGCGUCAGUCACACCAGCUGCUUGUGGCCCUUGUGGGUGACAGCUUGCUCGAGCCAUUUUGGCCCAUGGGCACAGGCUGUGCUCGUGGAUUCUUGGCAGCCUUUGACACAGCAUGGAUGGUGAAGAGCUGGGACCAGGGCACCCCACCCCUGGAGCUGCUGGCUGAAAGAGAAAGUCUCUACCGGCUGUUACCUCAAACCACCCCAGAGAACAUCAACAAGAACUUUGAGCAGUAUACAUUGGACCCAGGGACACGGUACCCAAACCUCAACUCAAAUUGUGUCAGACCCCACCAGGUGAAGCAUUUGUACAUCACCAAGGAGCUAGACCGUUACCCUCUCGAGAGACUGGGUUCAGUGAGGAGAUCUGCGAGCCUCUCCAGACGGGAGUCAGACAUCCGGCCCAACAAGCUCUUAACCUGGUGCCAGCAACAGACUGAGGGCUAUGAGCAUGUCAACAUCACCGACCUAACCACAUCCUGGCGCAGUGGCCUGGCCCUGUGCGCCAUCAUCCAUCGCUUCCGGCCAGAGCUAAUCAAUUUUGACUCCUUAAACGAAGAUGAUGCCGUGGGAAACAACCAGUUGGCAUUUGAUGUGGCUGAGCGUGAGUUUGGGAUCCCUCCAGUAACCACAGGCAAAGAGAUGGCAUCAUCCCAGGAGCCUGACAAACUCAACAUAGUCAUGUACCUCUCCAAGUUCUAUGAGCUCUUCCGGGGUGCCCCACUGAGGCCUAUGGAUUCUUGGCGUAAAAACUAUGGAGAAAAUGCUGACAUCAGCCUGGCCAAAUCAUCCAUUUCCAAUCACUAUCUCAAUCUCACAUUUCCAAGGAAGAGAACUCCACGCGUAGAUGUCCAAACUGAAGAGAAGGACAUGAACAAACGAAGACGGAGAGGACUCAGCAAUCUGGAGGAGCUAUCAACAUUCUCCUGCAACUUGGAUGCCAAUCAAGAGUGUGGCAGCAGGAAGGAAGGUAGAAAUCAGAACAAAGUCAAGUCCAUGGCAAAUCAGCUGCUGGCCAAGUUUGAGGAAAGCAGUAAAAACAACUUAGUCUUGAAGCAGCUGACAGUAGGGAAAGUGUCCAGCGGAAUAGGGGCUGCAGCUGAAGUCUUGGUCAAUCUAUACUUGAAUGAUCACAAACCUAAGGCCCAAGCCACCUCUCCAGACCUGGAUUCUAUGCGAAAGGUGUUUCCCCUAGGCCUGGGUGGCAGUGACACCUGUUACUUCUGUGAAAAACGUGUGUAUGUGAUGGAACGGCUGAGUGCUGAGGGCCACUUCUUCCACCGGGAGUGUUUCCGCUGCAGUGUCUGUGCCAACACCUUGCGCCUGGCUGCCUAUGCCUUCGACUGUGAUGAAGGAAAAUUUUACUGCAAGCCUCAUUUCAUUCACUGUAAAACCAACAAUAAACAACGGAAGAGACGGGCAGAGUUGAAGCAACAAAAAGAGGAAGAGGGGCCAUGGCAGGAGCAGGAAGCCCCUCGACGAGACACUCCCACCGAAAGUUCUUGUGCAGUGGCCGCCAUCAGCACACCAGAAGGCAGCCCCCCAGGUAUCUCCACCUCCUUCUUUAGGAAGGCACUGAGCUGGCCUCUCAGGCUGCCAAGGGCCCUGCUCGACCUUCCCCGGGGCCUGCUGGCCAUUCCCCAGAACCUGCUUAACUGGAUACGGGGACUGCUGCACGCCAUCGGGCUGCAUGUCAGGGACAAUGCUUACAACUACUGCUAUAUGUAUGAGCUCAUAAGCCUUGGGCUGCCACUUCUCUGGGCCUUCUCUGAGGUCCUAGCAACUAUGUACAGGGAGUCUGAGGAGUCUCUUGAAAGCAUUCGCAGCUGGGUACUCAGGUGCAUUCCCACCAAGCGCGAGUGAGGUGUCUGGCUGCCCCAAAGUGCCUUAACAUUUCUGGAGUGUAGAUGGCCAUUGUUUGUUGUUUGCUAAGGCUCUGGCCAAGUCUAAUGUCUAUAACAAUUAGCUCCAAGCCAAAGAGUUUCAUAUCAGCCACCUCCACCUGGCCUUGACAAGGGGAACAUCCAGUCCAGGUGCUAGGGCUAGAGAUGACAUGAAGGACUUUUUUAUACCUUUGUACAUUAUUUUUUAUACCAAAGCGAGCCAUAUUUCUGGGUUUACAUUUCAAUGUUUAUCUUUCAAUAAGCCAAGAGCAAUUUUUUUUCUAUGAGUGUCAUUUUUUUUCUGAACAUUUGAAGUUCAUCACUCUUCAACAUGGCAGUGAACUGUAAGAAUCACUACUUGCACAAAUCACUACUUGACCUGGGAAUUUGCAUAUACAUAAGUGAAUGUGCCAUCUCUUGACCAGUGCCUUGCAAUUUAUGCAACCUGAUGUCACCUGUCAACAGUAGGUAAUUUGGGGAGGAAUUUGAAAGCAUAAUGUUUAGAAGAAUAGAGGAACAAAAUAGAAUCAACUCUACAAAAAUGCACAGAAGUGUGUUGACUCCUCUCUUUGUAGAGGGGGGAAGACUGCUUUGCUCCUUUGUUUUGAAGUAAAAUAGUAGUUUAUAGGUUUUUUCCCUUAUCCAAUCACAAUCAGAUGACACAGACUCACAGGGUUCCAACCAGGUUGUUACAGACUUCCCAACAAUCUAUUUUCCUUCCCACUAACGGGCAGUAAGGUGACAGCCUGCUGGCACCUGACCCUGGAAAGCUCUUCCAGGCUAAUUCUAUGCUGAGGACAAACUAUUUCAGCUGGUGGCAUUUUAGUCCUCAAGGACUCUAUCAGGUCCCUAGACCAGGCUAUAAGCUGAACCAAGGCCACUCAGGUGCAUAGUGGUCAGGCUGAGUAAAGGGGAAAAAACUGCCUCUCAUCUGGUGUCCUUUGAACCUGAGGAAGUUUACCAGCUCCUGGGAAGCAUGACCUUGCCUGUCAUGCUCUGGCUGCUGCCAUAUAUAUGUGUCAAAACAGAAACCAUUUUCCCACUGUCCAAGCAAAAGAGAAUGCCUGACCUUAAGCAGCUUUGCUGUGUUUUGACUGAGGGAAGGCCGGGAGUGGAAGCUGUUUAUUGACUGAUUCCAGGAAAUAAGCCCAAGUUGGAAGAGUGGAUCAAAUUGGUAAAGUGCUAGCCUAGCAAACUCAAGGUCCUGAGUCCAAGAAAACAGGCCCAACCAGGGGCAAAUAAAAGAACAUCAGGCCCCCUCUUCUGGGGGUCAGGAAGAACCCUCAGCUGUCCCCACCUCACUCUGCUUGCACAGGCUCAACUGAGCAAUGAGAGGCCAAUAAAUGCCUUCAGUGGUGCUCAGCAUAUUCAAAAUUGUUGGGACCAAGAGAGCUCUGUGAGGUUGGCUGUUAGCACUAGAAAUUAUUUGCUAGGAAAGAGGGAGUCUGGUGUGGAUUCAGAGCCAGAGCUCUGAAACAGCUUUGGGAUGAUAAAUUUUCUGUAGGGUGGAAAGAAGGGGUGGGUGUUGCUUCUCCAGACACUUCCCUGGAGUUGUUGGGAAACACAGGUCAUGGUCAUGGUCCCAGUCAAGUCUUCUGGAACUGCUGGCACCUCUGUCUUUUUUGAACUGUUCUUAGUCUGAUGACUCACAUUACAUUUUCCUCAUUUUGUGCUGGGAUUUUUAAUGUUCCACAUGUUUCAUUAUGCAAAGUGAAUUCUUGAGGUCAGGAUGUGAGUGCCACCUCAUUGUGAUUACCUCCAGCUCAGGGUGGGCUGAGAUGUUUUGCAGAAAGUUCCCUGAAGCCAGAGUAGAAUCUCUCUAAGAAUGUCACUCUGGCCAUAACAAGACUGGUUUGAAUUAUUCUAGUAGACUGGGUGUGUCUGUCAUAAGUCAGAUGUUUGUAUAUUGGGAGACCUUGAACCUUCCUGGUGGGCAGUGCCAACACAUGGGCGAGUCCUGGGGAGCAACUCCUCAAAACUUCUAUCACAUAUUCAAGAAUGAAUGUGAGAUUCCAGAGUUAAAUUGGGGCAGAGAAAAGAGAAGGGAGAGAAGGUCCUAAGGGCAUUUGUAGCUCUGAAAGGACUUCAGUGGAAUGUUGACAAUGUCUGCUCAUGUAAAUAAGUAGCUGACCACCACCAGAAGGGUUCAUCUCUCCUAACCAAACAGUGAAUGACUUGUUGGGGGAGAAUGUUUCCCUUUUCUAACGGUUGCCUAUUCAACUCCAGUUCUUUCUUCCCUUUUUUCUCCAUGCUAAGUUCUCUUCUCUGUCUCUCUCUCUUUCCAACCUCACCUUGUGGCCGUCAGUUCAUUUCAGCCUUCCAGUGCUACACCCACUUCUUGGCUGACACAUUUCUGCUCUGAGGUGACUGAUUUUUCUGGGCUAUUUUCAGAGAGUGGUACUAAUCCCUAACCUGCUUCCACACCCUGCCUCCCCGCCGGUAAUAUGAUUGUGCUGUGGCUUGCGUCUAAUGGACUCAUUUGGUGGCAUGGGGAAGGGGGAGUUAACAGCAUGAGGGAGGGAAGGGUUCAGCUCAAAAGCAAAGUCUUAUUCUACUUGCCCCAGAGCAUGCAGCCUGAUCCACCCCAAGUGCAUGCCCCGCCUCCCCUCUGUCCUCUGGGCUGGCCUGUGUCUAUGCUUUUCAGUUGCACCUGGGAAGCCACUUACCUUCUUGAGAAGGUUUAACUUGAUUGUGAGACAGUACCAUACAAGAAAGGCUUUGUCACCUUUGGCAAGAAGACAUUUGUCUAGUGACCUCUGAAGAAGGUCUUAUCUAAUAAUAUCUUCUUAAAUUGAUUCUAACAUGAAGAUUACUAUUUAUCAAACCCAUAGAUGAUCCAUUUUAGAAUGAUUUAAAAAAUUUCUUCCAGGCCUCAUUACAAGUUUGACUCAUGUUCUGUAUUGUAUACAAAUAAUCACAAUGAUUCUAGCAAACCUUCUCUUCAAACCUGCAUCAGUGAUCCAAAUGAUCUGCAGUGUACUUCUUAUCCUCCUGGACUCCUAAAGUUCAAUAACGUCAAUCAGAGCAAUCAUGCAUAGUCUCAGGAGAGGGAUGACCUCGAGAAAUGACUUAAGUCAGACUCAGGCCUGGAGAGACCAGUCUCUUUACUCCCAUGGCUCAGCCUAGAGUACAUAUUCCUACUGACUUGUUUACCUGGAGCAGCAGAGCAAUCAAAGUGUUGGUACAGAGAAGCCACACGUCCAGUAGAGCAGAGCCAACAUAGGCCUGGCCUCACACUCUUGACUGUAGUUGAUAUUUGUUUUGCAUGUGGCCAGAGCCACCCUGACCUAUCAGCCUUUGCCCAGCCCUGCAUGCUGUAUCCCCUCGCUGCAUUGGUACAGAGCCUGGCAGUACAAAGUCCUUGCUCUUAUCUUCUCUUGCAGAAUUUCCCUCCCUUUCUACAAUGUCAACUAAGAGAGCCCUCCUCUCUCUCAGCCUAUCUCUAGCUAGCCUCCCCAUUCUCAUCACAAGGCAUGUCUGUGACCUAUGGUAACCAUUUACAGUACCACAUGGAACCUUGUAUUUUGCACACCACAAACAAUGUUUAGCUUUAUUUAUGGUAUUUGAUGCUGUAAAUGAAAAUAAAUAUGGUUCUUUAUAAA